UUACUCUCCCAUAUUCCCGUAUUAUAUUAUAAUGUCUGGUCGCGGUAAAGGUGGAAAAGUUAAGGGUAAGGCAAAGUCUCGUUCCAACCGAGCUGGAUUACAAUUUCCAGUUGGUCGUAUUCAUCGUUUAUUACGCAAAGGAAAUUAUGCUGAACGAGUUGGAGCUGGAGCACCCGUCUAUCUAGCCGCUGUUAUGGAAUAUCUAGCCGCCGAAGUUUUGGAAUUGGCCGGUAACGCAGCACGUGACAACAAGAAAACCAAAAUUAUUCCCAGACAUCUUCAGCUGGCAAUCAGAAACGACGAAGAGUUGAACAAAUUGCUAUCGGGAGUAACUAUCGCUCAAGGUGGUGUUUUACCGAAUAUCCAAGCCGUCCUCUUGCCAAAGAAGACAGAAAAGAAAUCAUAAAUACAAUCUGUAUGUGAAACGGCCCUUUUCAGGGCCACAAUAUUUCCUCAUUGAAAAGAUUUUUUUAUCAUCUGAUCACUUUGGGUAUAAUAAA